GCGAAAACAGAAGAGCUGCAGCUAUGAGGAGAGAGAUGGAUGAUAACUUUCAGCUCGAAGAUGGUGGAGUGACAAAGAAUACUGCCAAAUCUGGCCGAAGAGCUCGUUUACCAGCUGAUCAGUCAUUUGAAGAUUCUCGGCCGGCAAGGAAAUCAUCCUCCUCUGCUUCAAUAGGAGAUGAUGAUGAUGAAGAGGGCCCCCCUUCUAAACCGGCGCGGCGGCAGGGUGGCUGGGCAGAGGAAAGCUCUGGAUCUGGUUCUGCCAAGUCUUCAAGAAGACGAGCUGCUGAGGACCUGGAGGACCAUCGCCUGCGACCACAAACCCCUCAGGGAUCAGAUGAUGGAGGAGAUAUUCCAGUGAUACCAGACCUAGAGGAGGUGCAGGAAGAAGAUCUGACAAUGCAAGUUGCUUCUCCACCAAGGAUCCAGGUGAAUCGAGUGAUGACCUACCGUGAUCUGGACAAUGAUCUGAAACAUUUCUCUACGUUCCAAACCUUAGAUGGAGAGAUCGACUUGAAGCUGCUCUCCAAGGUUUUAGCACCAGAGCAAGAGUUCAAAGAGCAGGACUAUGUGAUCUGGAACUGGGAUCAUCUGUUUGCAGAGGUGUCCUCAGAGCUAAGGAUGGAACAGGAUCAAGGAGAGAGUCAGGAGUCGGAAGACGAGGGACAGUGACUUAAUUUACCUCUAGUUUUUUAGUAAGAAUUUAUUUUCAUAACUUUAUGUACAAUAUUUCUUGAUAUCUCAGAACUUUUUGAAAAGUUCUCUUUCUGUGGCCAAUUUCUGUUAUUUGAUCUGCUGAGUCUCUUGUUUUUAUAUUUAUUUUGAGUUGAAUAGCCCAAAGGCCAUCAUUUGAAAGAAGUGGUUUCAGAUAAAAAUGUCCUCUGUGUACUGAGCAUUAUCAGGAUCUACAUACAAGUCCAAGGUUGAUAAUCAGCUAAGCUGAAAUCCAGUUAAUUGUGUUCAAAUUAACAUUCCUCAUUAAAGCCUACAACCUUA